AUGUCGCAACGCCCAACUACCAUAAUGGGUGCAAGCGUUAAACAUUCUGUUCCUGAUGAGUCUUAUCCAUCCAUCGCUGUUCUUUGCGCUUCAAUGAAUGCAAAAGCAUAUCGCUACUACUUUUCUAUUCGUAUUCAAGCAAGUAGACAAGCAAUUAUCUCUGACUUGGCAGAUGGUGUCUCAGAUUAUGAAAUUGAAAUAGUAAGAAGUACAUGUAAAUCAAUUUAUGCGAAUUACGAACCAACCAUAACCUUUGUAGUUGCAUAG